CGAGGGGUGGGGGUGGGGGAGGCGUUAGACACCCAGCACGGGGAGGGCUGUGCGCGGGUGGCUCGGACCGUGGUGUAUAUGGUCGCCAGGCGGAGCCCUGUUGACCUGGGGAGACUCAGAGCGGGAGGAGGAGGCUCUGGCGGAGUCCCACUAUCCUGGGACUGUCUCCUGACUGUCACCUGCUGCAAGGGCAGCGCGCCCAGCAGCCUCGGCGAGGGCCUGUGACGUGCGAAUUAAGAUACCACUAGCUAGACAGCUGCUGUUGCCAUCAGACCACUGACCCAGCAAUUUACGGAGAGGCGGGGCCUCCAAGGCCUUGAAUAUAGAAGUGCCAUCAAACAGUUAAGAAUGCAGCCUUAUCAAGUGGACUAGGAUACACCUCCCCACCCCAACCUCCUGAUGGCAUCUGAGACAGAGCCCCGCCCCCUGGGCACGUUUGAGUGCCAGCUUUGUGCCUUAUCAGCUCCUUACAGCUAUGUGGGGCAGAAGCCCCCAGACACCCAGGCUGUUGUCCUCCUGGAGGAGAGCUACAUCAUGAAAGACCCCUUCUCCUCAGACAAGGCCAGGUUUCUGGUCCUCGGCUCUCGGUGCAGUGUGUGCAGCAGGCUGGUGUGUGUGGGCCCGGACUGCAGCCUGUUCUACUCCAAGAGGGUCUGCCUUCCCUGUGUCCAGGAGAACAUGAGUGCUUUCCCUCAGGAAAUCCAGCAGGAUGUAGAGAAGAGAAAGAGCACCAGCAAGAAGCACUCCAACCGUCCCUGACUGGCAGGGGCACAGCCCUCCUGCGAAGCAUUGGGCUGGGCUCAGCCAGGAUUCAGGCUGGGAGCUGUGGACCCGGUCUUCUUUGAACUGGGUGGAUACCUCCAGCCUCGGAAGCUGAGGAACUGGCCAGGGCUGAGGACAGACAUCAGGGGUGUAUCCAGCUGGAGCUCUAGGUCUGGCCUCUGGAGGCCAGGAGAGAUGGAGAGGGACCUCCUUUGAUUGACAGCUGGUAGACACUCCCUGUAGAUGCACACGUGGGAAGACACCUAGCUUCUCUCCAGACUUCCAAACAACACAAUGUUAUCUGUCUAGGGAAUUCAGCCUCCGAGGGCCAGAGGGUAAGCAAGGGUGACGUCACAUCCCUGUAACUCCUUGGAGAUGAUUUAAACCUUGACUCUGUAUCAUACUUAUCAUUAAAAACCUGAAGGAUAA